AUGGCGGAUCACGCACCCGGCUCAGGGCCAGCUACGAAAGAGCCCAGUUGCAUUAACUGUGGCGGUAUUGGACACUGGGCCGUAGCGUGCCCCGAGCCUGUGAGAGCCAAGCCAGCUUAUGACCACGGUCGAGGGGGCGACCAACACGGCGGAAGACGGCCGGGCGCUGUUGUGACCAAAUAUCCAACUCCACCCACCGGCAACCCCAUCGUCACUCGCUACGGCCCGCCACCGGUCCAGCCCCAUGCUCUUCCUUACCCCGGCCCCCCGCAGCCCUACCCGUCUUAUCCACCCCCGCCGCCCGGUGGUUACCCUGGAUAUCCCCAGUACUCGCCACCGCCGCCUCCUCCUCCGGGUGCAUAUCCACCACCGCCCGGACCCCCGGGGCAGUAUCACUACCCAGCUCCGAGCCAGUAUGGCGGGCCUCCGCCGGGACCUCCUGGGCCACCUCUCCCUUCUUACCAACCACCACCGUCUUAUCCUCCCAGUGCUUCGUACCCUCCCUCAUACACCCCUCCAUCCGGAUACCAGCCCGCCCCUCUCCCUCCACCCCCUAGUGGUCAGUACUCUGCACCAUACAAUCCCACGUCAUCGGGAGGCUACCCUCCGUCCACAUAUGGGCCACCACUAGUUCAGCCGCCAUAUGGAGCUCAACCAGGUCCUCCCCCGCCUCCGUCCUCAUAUACCCAGCCGUACGGGCCCACCGCUCCUGCCAAUCCUAAACGCGACGCCUCACAACCAAGGCCGAAGUCGAGCGGUAACAAAGAGAAACAAGGGCCAACCCGGGACGAAUCCGAGCCGAAAGCCUUGAAGACGGCAUCGAUAGCAAGCGCGACCCCUGAGAGCGGACAUGCCAACACCGUCUCUGAAGAUGGCGUCGAUGAUGAUGAAAUCGAUUGGAAGUGGGAGGAGGAGAUGAUCUUCCAGGAGGCGGACAAAGGCCACCAACCAGAUCCAAUCGCCAAGCCGCUCCCUGGACCGGGAGAAUACCAUGAUAAUAUCAUGUUACCUCCAGCAUGGAAUGCUACAUGCAUUCAAUCCGACUUUGUCACAGAAGAGAAUCUCGAGGAGUUUUCGCGGUCGAUCCGAGAAACCGAGCACUUUGCAUCUCUGCAACAUGACCCAGCGUUCUGGAGAGGCCCAGUUGACUCGAAAGCGGCCAAGCGACAAAGCGAACCGCGGGAUAACAAGCCCGUCACUUUCAAGUCCAUUCGCCUUCCAGGAUUCCCUUCUCUCCCACCGAAACCACCGACUCCGGAGAACCACGAAUACCGCCCAGUCAACAGUCGCAAGCGCACUUGGGAAGACUCACCUUCCGACUCGCGGGCUAGAAGCAGCCAAGAUGGUGAGUGGUCAGACCAACGUCAUAAACGACAAAGGGGCGACUCGCGUUCUGGCUACGAUACUACAUCACCUCAUACACGGAGGACUAGGGAAGAGUCCCGACCAAUCGACCGUUACCGCUCUCAGCGGCUAGACCGUGCCGAGUCUGAUCCAGCCGAGGCACUGCUGAAGUCUCUGGAUACUUCCCAUGAUGCUGGUCCCUCUAGGCGACAUGAUGGCGACAAGUUUCCCAGUCGCCACGGUUCCGGUUACCACAACUCUCGACAUGCGCGACGCCAGGGAUCAGCCAAUAGCUUUCAGGAAGGACGGACACCGCCGCUUGCGGGGACACCACCGCCACAGAAUAACCCUCGGAGCAGUCACGCCUCGCGGUCUCGUUCACGCUCGCGCCACUCCCACCGACGUGGAUCCCAGAGCAGCCAUGCCGGAUCACGCCCAGCAUCUAGGCAGUCUGUGGCAUCAUUCGCGUCGCAUGGCACCGAAGACUCAGAGCUGUCGGCCCUCGAGGCCGAACUCCUUGGCAUUGCUCCUAAAUCAAAAGGGGGCAAGGAGGGUAAACACGGAGACCACGGCUUGAAGUUUCGCAAGCGCGCCCCGAAGGUCGACUCUGCCUACAGCAUUAGUCACGGUCGCCGUAACUUGUAA